AUGAGACUUAUCUUUUUUUCAUUCGGCAGGCUUAGAGUCAUCAUGGGCCAUCACAGCAGUGAGCGCGGUGGAAAUGGCGUACGCGUUAGUGGCUGCCUCGACGCCCUCCAUGGAUCCCCCAAGCGCAUAUCACUACAGCAGCACGAGCAACAGCUGUGCGGCGGGCGGGUGGUUGACCCACCCGCACCCCUUCCCCCUGCCGUCACCCACCCCUCCUGCCUCUCCCCACCCACAACCCAUCAGAUUCUGGACUGCAGGAACGCAACGAGCAGCAGCUGUGCGGCGGGCGGGUGGCCGACAACAGCGCUGGACUACAUGGUGGACGCCACGCUCACGUGGGGGGGGCUUGCGAGCGAUUCUGGGUACGCGUACACGCAGAAGGACGGCAAAUGUAACAGGGGAAAGGUACAGCUGGGGGAGGUAUGCCUGGGGGAGGUAUGCCUGGGGAAGGUAUGCUUGGGGGAAAGGACGCUGACACGCACAUAUUAUAAGUACGAGAAGCAGUUGUUAGUCAAAGCUUGUACUAAAUUGUGCUCAUCCUUUCCUUUUUCCCUCCAACACUCCUUCCCUCCUCUCUUCCUCCACCUCUCCCUCCCCCCUUUCUCCCUCCACCUCUCUUUCCCCCCUCUCUCCCUCCACCUCUCCCUCUUUCCUCUCUCCCUCCACCUCUCCCUCUUUCCUCUCUCCCUCCACCUCUUCCUCUUCCCUCUCUCCCUCCACCUCUUUUUCUUUCCUCUCUCCCUCCACCUCUCCCCUUCCCCUUCCCCCGUGCACGCUUCCCUUCCACCCUCUUCCCCAGGGCAUAUGCAGCGACGCAGGGUGUGCAGCGGCGGGGGUGGUGGAUCACAGUGUGGUGGUGAUGGGGUACAGCUUAACGUCAUCGGAAGGCGCCUACUGGAUCCUCCGCAACUCCUGGGGGGGCACGUGGGGCAUGCAGGUAGGCGCCCAAGCCAUGCUAGUCACCGCAGAACCCAUGUGGGGGGGGGCACGUGCGAGGAGGUGAUGGAUAGAUUCUACACGUGCUCGUGCCUGGACCCGCUCUUCAUUCCCGUUGCCGACAAGGGCGGCGCCCAGACGUGUGUGUUUGUCAACGUGUGCAGCCAGCAGGACGAAAACCCGUGUGCAGUCGGCACGUGCAUCAACGACAAGGCGGGCGGCUUCUUUUGUCUCUGUCCACCGGGAUUCGACCAGGGGUACCGCCCGAACGGUGCUCACACAUGCGUCCCAACCUACAACCCCUCAUACACCGUCAUCUUCCCAAUAGACAUCAGCUGUCCGCUCGUCUACCAGCUCUACGGCCUCACAGAGGAGGCGUUUCUCGCUCAGAACCCCAACCUGCUGUGUGUGGCGAAGGGCAGCGGGGGAGGGGACGUGCCCACGCUGCCCAUGUGCACGGCAUGGUACACAGUACACUCGCGGGACACAUGCGAGAGCAUCAUGAAGGAUUUCGCUCUCAACCAAACCACCUUCUUCUCACUCAACCCGGGCGUGGGCUGCGACAGCCUCUUCGCGUCUGUUGGGGGCAGCAGCCUCGGCUGGAGUGGGGGUGGUGUGCAGGUGAGGGAAUGGCAGCAGGUGAGGGGUGGGGAGGAGAAAAUGGAGAUAAUAAUCCUCUUCGCGUCUGUUGGGAGCAGCAGCCUCGACUGGAGUGGAGGUGGUGUGCAGGUGAGCGGUGGGGAGUAG